AUGCUCUAUGUCCCGGGCAGUUCUGAGAAGAUGAUCAAGAAAUCGCAGGAGUCUGAUUCUGACUGUAUCAUUUUUGAUCUGGAAGACAGCGUUGCCGCGCACCGAAAAGGCGCAGCUCGUGAAGCAGUCCUGCAUGGCCUGAACGCCGCUCCUCGACCAGGUCCGGAGCUAGCCGUGCGCAUCAAUCCGCCUUCUGGUGAUCAUUCUAUUGCUUCCGACGAUCUAGAUAUCAUUCUUCCUUCUCGACAACUGCAGGCAAUCGUCAUGCCCAAGGUUGAGUCGAGUGACGAUGUUAAGAUGGUAUUAGACAAGGCAGAGCACCUACGACAGGAUUACGAUGCCCCGCUCUCGCUAAUUCUCUCCGUCGAAUCUGCGGCGUCGCUCCUCAACAUGCCGCACAUCAUCGAGGAAGUCAGGAGCUGGGGCAAAGGCCACCUCGCGUUCAUCUCUGCACUGCUCUUCGCCAGCGAAGACUACUGUGCUGCGACGUCCAUCAUCCGGACAAAGAGCAGACGAGAGCUACUCUUCCCGCGCGCACACAUGGCGACAAUCGCAAAAGCCUAUGGGUUGGCUGCCAUUGACAUGGUCUGCGUCGAUUACAAGGACGCCUCGUAUCUCGCCGAGGAGUGCCGCGACGGGCGAGAGUUAGGCUUUGACGGCAAGCAGGCCAUCCAUCCUGCGCAGGUGGCAGAGAUCCAGCGAGCCUUCUCGCCCAGCGAAGCGGAUGUGCUGCGUGCCGCGCGGAUAAAGCACGCAUACGAGCAGAGCGUCAAGGACCACAAGGGCGCCGUAGGGAUGAAGGAGGGCGACAGCAUGGUCAUGAUCGACGCGCCAAUGCUGAAACAGGCAAGCGAUACAUUGGCAAAGGCGCGGAUCGGUAAGAUGAAGAUUCCGGACGUCUCGACGGAGGCUUAA